GGCUCAAGUAGCAGUAGUUCACCAUCACUGGGCGGCUGUGGCAUUUCUGAAGACAUGCAGCCCGCCAAACGUCCUCGCACAGAGAUGGGAGGGUAUUGCAUCAGCCCACGGCAAGCUGCAGACAUGCAAAAGAACGGCCCGGGGUACUUGAAAAUGCUGGUGAGCAAUGUGACAGCUGGGAUCCUUAUCGGAAAAGGCGGGCAGUCACUGAAGGAAUUGGAAGCGGCCACGGGGUGCAAUGUGAAACUCUCCUCGGCGAACCAUUUCUACCCUGGGAGUGGUCAUCGAGUGGUGUGUGCGGCAGGGAAAGAGGAAGCAGUCGAAUCGGUCAUUGCCACCGUCGUUGAGGCCACUUUGGAGGCCGAGCGACAUGUGGCGCAGAAGGAGCAGCGUGAGGUGGACGAUAGGGUGACGCUGCAAAUCGCUUUGCCAUUCUCUGCAUGCGGCUUGGUGAUUGGAAAAGGCGGAUCAGUACAGAAGGAGAUUGUAGACAAGACAGGUAUCGCAGUGAAGAUUACGCCAAAGGGUGAAAAUGUCGUGCCGAACGAGCGCGUUGCGUCUCUGGUUGGUAACAGCCGUGCGGUGCUGGCCGCUGGGGUGGAAGUCUUCCGCCUGUCCUUAGGCGACGCCUCCUUGGCUCGUCACCUGGAGACGCCUUCGGGCAGCUCCAUGAUGGGCGGCGGCAUGGGCGGCGGCAUGGGCGGCGGCAUGGGCGGCGGCAUGGGCGGCGGCAUGGGCAACGGCAGCAUGGGCGGUGGCAUGGGCGGAGCCGAACAGUGGCAGAGCUCAACCCGGUGGGACCAGAGGAAUGACUGGACUGCAACACCUCCUCCGACAGCUGCUCCCAUGGCAGCUUACAAGGGAGCUGGCAAGGGCGGCAUGCCAGGAGGAGGAGUGUCAACGAUGUCAACCUCCACCUGUCAAAUCUAUUUUGAAGUCACUGAAAUGGAAGCUGCUCACAUUAUUGGAAAGGGCGGCAAUUUCUUGCAGUCAGUUUGCGUAGAGACAGGCGCAAAAGUGGUGCUCUCCAAAAGAGGUGAGCAGAUCCCUGGAGUCUCCGCUCGACUUGUGACGGUCACAGGGCCGGUGCAGAGCGUGCACCGAGCGCACAUUAGAGUGCUGGAGCGUGCGGCUGAAAUGACGCUGAAUGCAUAGCUCUUUGGUCGAUAUAUCUCUUGCAAUCUGCAAGGGAGGGAAUGGUGAAGCGAGGAGAAUGUGAUGAAAAGACCUGAUUGGAAUUGAUUGGAUAAGGUAUCCCAUAGUGACUGAAG